AUGAAGAACCUUUCUGAUGAUGCUGCGCCCGUGUGCAACCCAAUACUUCUGCCACACCAGAGACAUAGUGACAUUGAGACCAGCAUGCUGGUGGAGAAGGUGGAUGGAGCGUAUUACCAUAGUUGUAUACAGAUGUGCCUUUGGACACACACCGGAGAAAAGCCAUACAUAUGCGAUAUCUGUGGUCAAGCGUUUUCUCGUUCAUCAACUUUAACAGAGCAUACAUGGACACACACCGGAGAAAAACCAUUCAAAUGUGGUAUCUGUGAUCAAGCGUUUUCUCGUUCAUCAACUUUAACAGCGCAUACAAGGAGACACACCGGAGAAAAACCAUUCAAAUGUGAUAUCUGUGAUCAAACGUUUACUCAAUUAUCAACUUUAACAUUUCACAUAAGGACACACACCGGAGAAAAGCCAUACAUAUGCGAUAUCUGUGGUAAAGCAUUUUCUCAAUCACAAAAUUUAACAAGGCAUACAAGGACACACACCGGAGAAAAACCAUUCAAAUGUGGUACCUGUGGUCGAGCGUUUUCUCUCUUACAAUCUUUAAAAACACACGAAAGGUCACACACAGGAGAAACACCAUUCAAGUGUGUUAUCUGUGGUCAAGCGUUUUCUUAUUUACAAUCUUUAAACAGACACAAAAAGACACACACCGGAUAA